AUGAGGAGGGACGAGCGAGACGCCAAAGCCAUGCGCUACCCGCCGCCUUCGCCUUCGCCGCCGGACGGGGCCGGCUCGCCCCCCGAGAGCCUGCGGAACGGCUACGUGAAGAGCAGCGUGAGCCCCCUGCGGCAGGACCCCCCGCGCGGCUUCUGGUUCCACCUCUGCCGCUUCUGCAACGUGGAGCUGCUGCUGCCGCCGCCGCCGGCCUCCCCCGAGGAGCCGCGGCGCGGCGGCUCCCCCUUCUGCCGGGCGCGCCUCGCGCUGGGCGCCCUGGCCGCCUUUGUCCUCGCGCUGCUGCUCCGUGCGGCGCCCGAGAGCUGGGCUGCCGGCGGCGCCGCCCGCCUGCGGAGCCUGCUGAGCGUCGGGGCGCUCAGCCUCAGCCCCCUCUUCAGCAUCGCCUGUGCCUUCUUCUUCCUCACCUGCUUCCUGGCCCGCGCCCGGCGGGGCCCCGGCCCGGAGCGGGGCGCGGGCGGCGGCUCCAGCUGGCUGCUGGCGCUGCCCGCCUGCUGUUACCUGGGGGACCUGGUGUGGCCGUGGGGGUCCUGGCUGUGGGACGGAGACGCCGCGACCCCGUCCACGCCCCCCGCGGCGGCGGCGGCGGCGGCGGGCAGGUUGCUCUUGGUGCUGAGCUGCGUGGGCUCGCUGGCCCUCGCGCAGCGGCUCGGGCUCCGGCACAGCAUCCUGGUGCUGCUGCUCUCCAGCUUCGUCUGGUGGGUCUCCUUCUCCAGCCUCGGGCCGCUGCCCGCAGCCCUCCGGCCGCUGCUGUCCUGCCUGGCCGGCGGCGCGGGCUGCCUGCUGGCCCUGGGGUGGGAGCACCUCUUUCACAUCAGGGAAGCUCUCCACCCGCCCCGCUUAUCCGGGGCCGCGGAGGAGAAAGUGCCUGUGAUCAGACCCCGCCGGCGGUCCAGCUGCGUGUCGUUCGGGGAGACGGCGGCCGCGUACCCGGGCAGCGGCAAGAUGUUCCGGAGACCCUCGCUGCCUUGCAUCUCCAGGGAGCAGAUGAUUCUUUGGGAUUGGGACUUGAAGCAGUGGUAUAAACCUCAUUAUCAGAAUUCUGGAGGUGGAAGUGGAGUUGAUCUUUCUGUGCUAAAUGAGGCUCGCAAUAUGGUGUCAGAUCUUCUGAUUGAUCCAACCCUCCCCCCUCAAGUCAUUUCUUCCCUACGGAGCAUCAGCAGCUUGAUGGGUGCUUUCUUGGGUUCCUGCAGACCAAAGAUUAAUCCUCUCACACCGUUCCCUGGAUUUUACCCUUGCUCAGAAACAGAGGACCCCGCCGAAAGAGGAGACCGAAAACUUCACAAGGGACUACUCAGUAGGAAUAGUUUACCAACUCCACAGCUGAGGAGGAGCUCAGGAACUUCGAGUCUGCCCCCUGCUGAACCUCCUUCUUCAAGGUGGGAACGCAAUAAUGGCAAAAGGCCUCCUCAGGAAGUUGGCAUUUCAAGUCAAGGAAUCUACCUAAAUGGGCCUUUUAGUUCAAACCCACCUACAACCCCGAAGCAAAGGUCAGCAUCUAUAUCGCUAACUCAUCAUAUAGGUCUAAGAAGAGCUGGUGUUUUACCCAGCCUGAGUCCUGUGAAUUCUCCUGGCCAUGGACCACCACUGUCUCCUGGCUCUCUAACCAGUCGAUCACCUAUAGAAUUUCCUGAUACUGCUGAUUUUCUUACUAAGCCAAGUGUUACUUUACACAGAUCCCUGGGCAAUGUUCCCACUUCACCAGAUUCUUAUCAACUUAGAAAUUCUGAUAGCAAUGUAUGUAACAGCUGUGGACAUCAAAUACUGAAAUAUGUUUCAACAUCUGAAUCAGAGUCUGGUACAGACUGCUGGAAUGGGAAAUUAGGUGAUGAAGACAACACCAAUUUCUCAAAAGAAUCACUCAACCUUACAGAAGCUCAACAAGAAGUGGAAACAGAGAACGGAGACGGCAGAAAAUUAAUUUUGGAAGGUGAUAAUCACCUAACAGAAGAGGCACAGGAUGAACAGCAACCAAAUACUGAACAGGAAGCAUCACUGGACCCAAUUUUAAUAGAAGAUUAUGAUUCAUUAAUAGAAAAGAUGAACAACUGGAAUUUUCAAAUUUUUGAACUUGUAGAAAAAAUGGGAGAGAAUUCAGGAAGAAUCCUCAGUCAGGUUAUGUAUACCUUAUUUCAAGACACUGGUUUAUUGGAAAUAUUUAACAUUCCCACUCUACAAUUCAUGAACUAUUUUCGUGCAUUAGAAAAUGGCUAUCGAGACAUUCCUUAUCACAAUCGUAUACACGCCACUGAUGUCCUACAUGCAGUUUGGUUUCUGACAACAAGGCCAAUUCCUGGCUUACAGCAAAUCCACGGUGAUCAUGGAACAGGAAACACAACAGAAUCUGAUGAUGGAACUAACCCUGGGCAGAUUGCUUACAUUUCUUCGAGGAGCUGCUCAAUUCCAGAUGAGAGCUAUGGCUGCCUGUCUUCAAACAUUCCUGCGUUGGAAUUAAUGGCUUUGUAUGUGGCAGCUGCCAUGCAUGAUUACGACCACCCAGGGCGGACAAAUGCAUUUCUGGUGGCUACAAAUGCCCCUCAGGCUGUUUUAUACAACGAUAGAUCUGUUCUGGAGAAUCAUCAUGCUGCAUCAGCUUGGAGCCUGUAUCUGUCUCGCCCAGAAUACAACUUCCUUCUGAAUCUUGAUCAUGUGGAAUUCAAGCGCUUUCGCUUUUUAGUCAUUGAAGCAAUCCUUGCCACAGACCUUAAGAAGCAUUUUGAUUUCCUUGCUGAAUUCAACGCCAAGGCCAACGAUGUAAAUAGUAAUGGUAUAGAAUGGAGUAAUGAAAAUGACCGCCUCUUAGUGUGCCAGGUGUGCAUCAAACUGGCAGACAUCAAUGGCCCAGCAAAGAUUCGGAACCUGCAUUUGAAAUGGACAGAAGGCAUUGUCAAUGAAUUUUAUGAGCAGGGAGAUGAAGAAGCAAGCCUUGGUUUGCCCAUCAGUCCCUUCAUGGAUCGUUCUUCUCCUCAACUAGCCAAGCUCCAGGAGUCCUUCAUCACCCACAUCGUGGGUCCGCUGUGUAACUCCUACGAUGCUGCCGGUUUGCUCCCGGGCCAGUGGAUGGAAGCAGAAGAGGAAGAUGAGACUGAAAGUUGUUCUGAUGAGGAUGGUGAAGAAUUAGAUACCGAUGAUGAAGAAAUAGGAGACAAUCUGAAUCUUAAACCACAGGGAAGAAAGGGGAGACGGCAAAUAUUUUGUCAGCUAAUGCAUCACCUCACUGAAAACCACAAGAUAUGGAAGGAGAUGAUAGAGGAAGAAGAGAAAUGUAAAGCUGAUGGGAACAAGCUGCAGGUGGAGAAUUCUUCCUUACCUCAAGCAGAUGAGAUUCAGGUGAUCGAGGAAGCAGACGAAGAGGGAGAGGCAGUCUGA